AUGGCAUCUCAAAAUCAAAACCGUGAAGAACUUGAUGAGAAGGCAAGGCAUGGUGAAACUGUGGUUCCUGGUGGAACUGGUGGGAAGAGUCUUGAAGCUCAAGAACACCUUGCUGAAGGAAGGAGCCGUGGAGGGCAGACAAGGAAGGAGCAGCUAGGGUCAGAGGGGUAUCAUGAACUGGGAACCAAAGGAGGGCAUACAAGGAAGGAGCAAAUGGGGAGAGAAGGGUACCAAGAGAUGGGACGCAAAGGAGGGCUAAGCACUAUGGACAAGUCUGGUGAAGAGCGUGCUAAAGAGGAAGGCAUAGAUAUUGAUGAGUCUAAGUUUAAGAAUAAGUAA